UGUUAUCAAAAAAAUCAUGUUCUGUAGUAUCAUCUGAUGGUUUAAAGGUCAGCCAGUUGUGUAGUCCUACUGUAGUCUGUUUUGCAGACCAGGCAUUAUAGAAAAAUCUAUCAAAUAUAAAAUAUUUAAUAGAGCAUGUGCACAUAUUUCCUAAUUAACUUCAGCUAAAUGCUAUGCUGAUUAAUUUGUAUAAAAUAAGUAGUUACUUUUGCUAUUUAGAGGUAACAGACAUACAUAAAACUAAUAAAUAAAGGAAAGACUCAUGGCGGAGAAAGCGGCUAGGAUAAUUCAACUGGGGCGGAGUCUUUUAUAUAUAGGGCCAUUAUUUCUCUUCUUCACUUCAUCUGUCUUUCCCUCUACAGCUAUUUAUACCCAAAUUCACAUUGUACAUUCUGGCAACAGGAAAGCAACAUUUUUCACCAUGCCACAUGUGAAGCCUCAUCCCAAUGUUAUAAACAAUGAGCCAAAAAAUACCUCCAAGAAGAGGCAUGGGCUGCAAAACAUUGUCCAACUAGUGCAGAGUGUGGAGGAGACUCAAGAUCCCAUCCCUACCACCAUAAAAGGCACACUACCUACAUGGAUCCAUGGAAAUCUUCUUCGCAAUGGCCCUGGAAAAUUUGAGUUUGGAAAUCAACACUUCAACCACUGGUUUGAUGGAAUGGCCUUGAUGCACUGCUUUCAUAUUAAUGAUGGUCAGGUCACCUACUGGAGCCGCUUCCUACGCAGUGACGCUUACAAGCAGAACAAUGAGAUGAAUCGAAUUGUGAUGUCUGAGUUUGGCACGCUUGCUUUCCCUGACCCAUGCAAAAAUAUCUUUCAACGCUUUCUAUCCCAUUUUGAGAUGAAGCCCACAGACAAUGCUAAUGUGAACUUCGUCAAAUACAAAGGUGACUACUAUGUCAGCACAGAAACAAACUUUAUGCACAAAAUUGAUCCAGACACUCUAGAAACAAAAGAGAAGGUGGACUGGAGCAAGUUCAUUGCUAUUAAUGGUGCAACAGCCCACCCUCAUGUAGACCCAGAUGGUACAGUCUACAAUAUGGGCAACUCCUAUGGCAUGAAAGGAACUUUAUACAACAUUAUCAGAGUGCCUCCAAAUAAAGAAGACCCUGAUGAAACAUUGCAUGGGGCAAAGGUGCUAUGUUCCAUUUCUCCUGCCGAAAAAAAUAAGCCUUCCUACUACCACAGUUUUGCCAUGUCGGAGAACUACCUGAUGUUCAUUGAACAGCCCAUAAAGUUAGACCUGCUUAAGAUACUGACAUCUAGGAUGAGAGGGAAAAGCAUAGAUGACUGCAUCUAUUGGGAUCCAAAACAGGAGACUGUCUUCCAUGUUGUAAACAAACAUACUGGAAAGGUGAGUUCUGUGAAGUACCACACCAAGGCUUUAACCACCUUUCACCAGAUCAAUGCUUUUGAGGAGAAUGGCUUCCUAAUUGUGGACAUGUGCUGCUCAGAUGAUGGGCAAGCCCUUAAAAUCUAUUUUCUUCAGAACUUGCGCAAGUCAGGAGAAGAACUAGAUGAAGUUUAUAACAGCAUAUCAAUGUCAUUUCCUCGCCGCUUUGUAUUGCCUUUGAGCAUUACCAAUGAUACUCCACUGAACCAGAACCUCAACACAAGGCCGAACAGCUCUGCUACUGCCAUCUGCCAUCUGCCUUAAGAAGUAUUCUGCAUGUCGGAAGAUCUGCAUGACAAAGAACUGCUGGAUUAUGGGGGAUUUGAAUUUCCUCACAUUCACUAUGACAGGUGUAACACCAAACCCUACCGCUAUUUCUAUGGAUGUGGUUUUGGCCACCUGGUGGGAGAUUCGCUGAUCAAGAUGGACCUGGAGAGCAAAAAGUUAAAAGCAUGGCAUCAGCCUGGCCUUUAUCCAUCUGAGCCUGUGUUUGUCCCCUCACCUAAUGCAGAGGAAGAGGAUGAUGGAGUCAUCCUAUCUGUUGUUCUUACACCCAUGGAGGAUAAAGGUACUUUCCUGCUGGUUCUUGAUGCUAAGACAUUUGAGGAAGUGGGAAGGGCUAAGGUUUCUGUUAACAUUCCCUCCAGCUUCCAUGGAACCUUUAACUCCUUGUAAGAGAACAAAUAUCAUUGAGUGACAUAAGAAGCCCCAACGUUUGCCAUGUUUAUAAGUGACACCACAAAGAAAAUUGCCUUUGGCAAACACAAAUCAGCUGUCUGACACUAUUUCACACCUUUUACAACUUGGUCCUCUCAUUUUCAGAAUUCAUCUGCUUAUUGUCUUUGUUUAUUUUGUUUUGUUUUAACACUUAAUGCUGUUGAUUAUUAAUUUACAUAUACAAAAACAUUAUUUAAUUUGAAUACUCAAAUAUUUUCAUAUCAAAACACUAAUAUUUUGGACUGUUCAGGUUUAAUUAUUUUACUUCUUGUAUUAACAUCAAAAGGCAAAGUUAAUAUCAAUUACAUUUGCUGUUUUCAGUAUUGUAACCACUGUACCUAACAUUGUACUUUAGAAACCUAUGUUUAGCACACCUAUUUCACCUAUUUAGAACACAAACUUAAUAAAAUAA